CUGUAGGUGGAGGCUGAGGGAGGCUGUCAUCCCCUUCCCCUGUAGCUGGCAAAGGAGCAGAGGGUUCAGGAGCUGGUGAUGUGGCUGCAGCAAGAGCAGGGACAUCUGCAGGAACAGACUCGUCACCAUCGUGGAUGAGGCCAAUGACCGUGGUGUCAUCGGCAAACUUCAGGAGCUUGACAGUGGGGUCUUUUGCAGUGCAAUCAUUUGUGUACAGGGAGAAGAGCAGUGCAGAGAGAACACAUCCCUGAGGAGCACCAGUGCUAAUAGUGAGGGUCCCGGAUGUGAGUUACCCUCUGUCUCACUAGCUGCUGCCUAUCUGUCAGAAAGCUGGUGAUCCAUCGACAGAUGGGGUGGGCAUGGAGAGCUGGAUCAGUUUGGUUGGGAGAAGAUCAGGCAUGAUGGGAUUGAAUGCUGAACUGCAGUCCAUUAAUAGGAUCCUUGCAUAAGUCCCAGCUAUAAGAGCCCUUGGAAAUAUGAGCCAAACGUCUGAGUCUCCAGCCGAUGCUGCUGUGACUGAAGCUCCAAUUUCUCAACCUGAGCCCAAGCAAUCAACAGCUGGGAAGAAACAGAACAAAAAGAAAGUGGAAGAAGUGGUGGAGGAAGAAGAAGAAGAGUAUGUUGUGGAGAAAGUCCUGGAUCGGCGUGUGGUGAAAGGAAGAGUGGAAUACCUCCUUAAGUGGAAAGGCUUUUCUGAUGAGGACAACACCUGGGAACCAGAAGACAACCUGGACUGUCCUGACCUCAUAGCAGAAUUCCUUCAGUCGCAGAAAACCGCUGAAUCUGGAGGCAAGAGGCGGGCCGAGACAGAUGGAGAUGGAAAGGAGCCUAAAAAGCGCAAAGACGAGCCUGAGAAACUCAGAGGUUUUGCACGUGGUUUGGAUCCUGAGAGGAUUAUUGGUGCUACAGACUCAAGUGGAGAACUCAUGUUCCUCAUGAAAUGGAAAAACUCUGAUGAAGCAGAUCUUGUACCAGCCAAGGAGGCGAAUUUAAAGUGUCCACAAGUUGUAAUUUCUUUUUAUGAGGAACGCCUCACCUGGCAUUCAUACCCUACUGAAGAAGAAGAGAAGAAGGAUGACAAAUAAGAUGUAAGGGACAGUGACUUUCAGUCGUGGCCAUUGAAACUCUUGUUUGAUUAUUUUUCUCCUGAAAAGAGAGAUUUCUUAUAAAAAAAAAAAUAAAUAAAAAAGAAAAUGGUACAAACUGUAAUCUACAUAGGUUUUUAGCACAUUUUAGUUCAGGCUCCAUUGACAAAGCAUAUAGAACACUGCUGUUUCAGUGUACGUGACAGGUGGCAUGACUGCACCUUUAAUGUAUCCUUCAUGCUUUCUUAUAACAUUCUAUUGACAUUCAUAAAACCAAUUCAUAGAUAUUCAGAGUGUAACUCAAACAUGUGAAAUAGUGAUGUCCUUUAAAUGUUGUUUCAUGUUGAAAAUGUUGACGCUGUCCCCCACCCCUGUGUAGAUUACAGUGUUAAGUCUAUCAUACUGGAUCAGUUUCAUUUGACACUGUAGCAGUCUCAAAAACGUCCUGAUAUGAUCAUCCUUAAUUUUAUGUACAUAUUAAUAAUGUUAAAGUAUUACUGCCGUAACAGAUUAUAAAGAAAACAAAAAUUUUAUACAUCUGUUAAUACAGGUGGUCAUUGAAUGCAUAACUGAAUCUAGAAUGGACCACGGAAAAAUAGGUAUAGAGAAUAGGGCACAAAUAUUGGCCUUAUUUAGUGUUCGGAACUGGCUUGCAUAUGAUUGGUUUUAUAAAGACAUGCCAGCAGCUGUUACUAUUCCAUUAACUAUUACAUGUCUGGUCUUUCCAUAGGUGCUAUCUGUGAAUCAUACCUAUUGAAUAUUAAGAUUAUACAAUUAUUUCUUGACUUGACAUCGUGUAUGUAAAUAGGUUUAACAUUUUUUUUUUAGCACAUCAGCAUCACUGUGUACAGUCAUUUGGCGUUUGGUUAUUACUUUGAUACUCAUGUCUUAUUAUUGUCACACAGCAAAGUAGAAUUGUAAUGUUCUUUAUAAGAAAUGUAAAGAAUGUUUAUGUUAAUGAUCGUAUGCUAGUUUUGUUUAACCAUGCUAUUAGUGCAUAUUAUCAAAGUGCAUUAGCCAUUUAAUUAUCAUUUUCAAAAAUAAAAAGCAUUGUU